CCAAACUCAAGUCAAGUUCACACGAAUGCUUCACACUUUGAGAGUAGUUCAAGAUUCACCAACCUCGCUCUUUUUUCCACGGUCGUCAUCGUCCUGGACACCACAACACUCUGCCACUCACUCACUCGCUUGCUCCGAUCCUCCUCAGUAGGAGCACGACCAAACUAUCUCUUCUCGAACGGGGCUCUUUGCCUUGUGCAAAAAGUAAUUGCCUCUAUUCGGCGCGCGCUUUGGCGAAAUUUGACCGACCCCUUAAUUAGCAGGCGACGGGAGGCGAAGCAACGUCAAUUACUGACAAUCUGGGCCUUUCAAGAUUGUUCGAUAAGACUGGACGCACGCUAAAAGGGACGCGAAUGAACUGGAGUUCAUGAAGUCCUGUGCGCACUGCAUGCGAACCCGGCAAGUCGUCGUUUUGUUCUGAGGGUUUCAACAACAAGUUAUUAUCAAGCGACAGUGCCAAUGCCAACACCAACACUGCACUACUACUACUAGAGGUACUGGAUCUACCUACAGUACUAUCUUCGUCUCUCCUCUCUUCUCUCUCUUCCAGCUCAGACAAACAGUCGCUUGAGUUCAGUUCACCUUUGUUUCAACCUCUGCAAACAAGUCAAUUGUGUUGCCGCCGCUGCUGGUAGAGGCGGAUCUCCGACGGGAGUAAGUCUCGCGGCGGGACCGUGCUUCACUUCACCUCGAACUAAACUCAUGUCGCCAACAACCACGACAACAACCACAACCACACCCACCAGUACCCCGACGACCACCACAACAGUCGCUACUACUACCCUCAGCACAACAACACCAAACUCUCCCAUUCCGCCAACUAUGGCGUUGACACUCUCACCUUCACCUUCAGUCAGCUCCUCCUCCUCAGCCUCCCCGACGUUCAUGGAUCUGCCACCAGAGGUCCGGAAUCUCAUCUACACAUUCGCCUUCCAAUCCACAGAACCUAUGCGGCUUCGAAAUCCUUCAGAGAGAAGACUUCGACCGGCCCGGCCACCCAAGGACGACGCGCGCGGGUUGGUCGACACCUGUCGACUGGUGCGACACGAGUCCAUUUCGCUGUAUUACAGUGUCAACGCGCUGGUCUUUCGCUCGACCCAGCACGUGCUGGCAUUUAUUUCAGACCCCAACAUCCACCCACUGAUUCGAUCAUCAGUCACCCACAUUGCCGUCGACUUUGGCGACAGCACCAACGCCGACAUCAUCCUCAAAGACCACAUCAACCUGGUUGACAGCUGUAUAGGGACAACGCUACCGCGGCUCAAGGCUUUGGAAACCCGCUUCUACGCCCGGACCAUGGACUCGUGCUCGUCCUCGCACUUUCACACCCUCGCCAUGGCCUUUGACGGUCUGGACGCCGACAUGAACGCCCGUCCAUCUCCACGCUGGCCUCGCUCACCUCGAAGCUCCAUUGCCGGCGAUGACAGUGAUCUGUCCUCCUCGUCUUCAUCGUCUUCUUCGUGUCCGUCGCCUUGCUCCGAGCUGAUGGACUUUGAUCAACCACAACCACAACCUGACCUGUCGACCAUCCAAGCAGAAGUCUUGGAACAGUACUGUUUCACCCCCUCGGCCGCUGUGGCUUUUGCAAAGUCCAAACUCAAGUUCUCCGUUGCCGCCACGUCGCACGACUACCCGGGCCACAAACACGACAAGCUGAUCUGCUACAAUCUGCGCAUUGGAGUCGACGGGCUCGCAAACGCCCUCGGCCCCGCCGAAGACGCCGUCAAGCAGCGUGUUAGCCGCGUGGGCAUCCCGCCACGAAACCUGAGCGACAUGUACGACACUACUGCCGACAGUGGCUUUCACCAGAGAGUCCGGGCGACCAUGGCCUCCUGCUCACGGAUCGAUGUGGGUGUCUCUUGAGACCACCAACAAAAUGGCCCUCGACUUGUAACGACCCGCACCCUCAUGUUACCAGGCUCGUCGCGGCAUAUUGCAUAGCACUUUUCUCGUGGUUGGACGAGAUCCAGCCCCCAUGAUCCAACCCCCCUGCCAGUCUACAGCCUGAUCCUGAUUUUUGCAAUCAUGCAAAGGUGGAGCACUCUGCAGCGGCACAGUGCAUGGCAUUGCAUUCUUGUUAUUCUGUGACACUUGUCACCUUGAUACCCUGCAUUGGUCGCAUUCAAACCCCCAUGUAUGUAAUUCAUGACGAUGAUGAGAAUAUGAUUAUGACUCCCGGAACCGAUUCAUGUCCUUAUUUUCCUCCAAUGUUUCUUGUAUCCGAAAUCUUGUGGGGGCUCAUGGUCUCAUAUUGUUUGCUUCCUGCGUCAUAAUGUCAGCCACCCAAGCCGGUUCCCGCUUCAAACGACUCAAUCUCUGGUUCGGUGUGACACUAGUCUUACUCACAUCAAACAGACACAGUGUACAGGCCACGCUGUGCUUCAACGGUGAAAUCCAGAUCCGGUCGGCGCACAACCCGAGAUCAUAUCUUGUUACCGAGAUCUCAAGGAGGUACAAUCUGAGAUCUGUGUCCAGUCAUCCUGAAACCAAACAGAAGUUUGCUGUAGGUGAUUCGUGGUAUAUGGCCGCUUGUUGCCAAAGUACUGUUCUCUUCGUCGUGACACAUUCUCAAAUGAUUCUGCGCUCUUCAUGACAAUGUACCAAUGUGACCGCCCUUUCCAGACAUAUUUUCUUUCAGUAUAAAAAGACAGUUUUCCGAGGGCAAAUCUAGUCAAAUCCAGUUCUAAGACCAUUCCAUUGGAAGAAAACAAGAUAUCGAUAGUCCAACAUCAACAGAGUAUCCCGAAGCAAGCAGAUUCCGAAACCAAUACAUAUACAUAUCCGCUCAUCUCCUUGUGGCACCAAUCCACCAUGUGCGAAACCACGAAAAAGCACGUCUACUGCCCUACCAGCGGCUGCAAGGGCAACGAGGUCAGAGAGACGGAUCUCUGCCAUCGGUCGAAGGGGGGCAAGCCGUGCGCGGGCCAUAGCACCCGCACUAUUCCGGGCGCUACCAAGGAAUGCUCCUAUCAUCGACGACAAAAAUACGAGGGUGAGAGUGGUCGGGGGAAUCCAAGUUGGUGGGAUUGAGCUGCAAAACAUAUAGGCUGGUGGAACCUGGUGGCAUGCAAUGGUACGUGGUGACCAGCACAGAGUAAGCCGGGUUGGAAGUCAUACCCAACGAAGAAGAAAUGUCGUGGAUCAACGACAGGGAGUGAUGGAUUUCCAAGAAGAUGCUGCAUCCAGGGCAUGCAGACCUGAGCUUUCCGCUGUCUGUACUUCCAGACAUUGUUAGACGCCGGCAGCAGUUUCAGUCCUGAAAGCGUUGCAUGGUCAAUACCCAGGUACCAGUACCAGUCGUCUCAACGAUUGGAAUCCAAUACCAG